GACAUUUCGUCAGCACGGCUGAAAAUCAUUUGGAUGCGUAAUUACAACUGUGUUUAUUUAUAAAUUGGCUAACAAACACUAGGCAAAAUGGCAACGGGAUUAAAACCUCGUGAUGAAGAAUCGCAACUUACUCGUUCCGAUCUUGAAGUGAUACAAGAGGCAAUGAAAAACAAGAAAUUUCGAGAUUUGCUGGCCGAUUACUGUGAAGAGGUACGUGACCCGGCGAAUCAAGCGAUCUAUCAGCAAGAAAUGACCCAACUAGAAAAAGAGCGUGGCUAUGAUGUUACUUUCAUUAAUCCCAAAGGAGGAUAUGUUAUCAAAACAAGUGUCGCAGGCGACAGGAAAGCAUUUAUAAACAUUUGUAGCAACGAAAACAUCGGCAAACCGUCUUGCAAGGUUCAGGAGGUUAACGGGCAGAAAGGUAUGAAUUGGCAGCUACCGUACUCAAUUAUUCCUCCCCGAGAAGAUUAUGACCUUAAAAGACAGCGCUGUAUUAUUUACGAUGUCGUAUUUCAUCCCGAUACCCUGCGCAUGGCUGAGGUCAACAAACAAUUCCGGGAGUUGGUAAAUAAAACAGCCUAUGAGGGAUUACAAAAAACCUACAACAUCCAUUUUGAUAGUAAUAACUUCCGUUUUCCAAAGUCCUAUUAUAAAGGAAUGAAUGUUCCUGCUGUGAUUAGAAAAGAAGAUCCGAAUUUCAAGCCACCGGUAGAAGAUGAAUCUGAACAAUUAUCACCUGAAGUACUUGAGAAAUUGUACCCUCAGCGCAACUAUUCUGAGACUGAAACUGCUACAAAUGUACCUACUGAGCCCCAAAAAGAGAAAAGAAAAACUAAGACUCAAAAAGCUGAGUUUAAGCAUGCUUCUGAUAAUGGUUACACCAUUCCAAAGUAUAUUAUCAAACAACAGAAGAAUGUUGAUUUUCAAGAUUACACCUAUCACAAAGAUUGUAAACAAUAUACAGCCAUUCCGAGUCAUUUAGUUGUUGAAGUAAACCUGCCACUUCUAUCUUCAACCAAGGAAUGUGUGCUUGAUGUUGAAGAAAAAUCAUUGUGUUUAAAAUCUGAGAACCCAGCAAAAUAUAAACUAGAUAUAACUCUCCCUUAUGCUGUUAAUGAUGAAUGUGGUAGUGCUAAGUUUGAUAAAACCAAGAGGAAAUUGAUUGUGACCCUUCCAGUGCUAAAACAAAACCUGAAUGAUGACAACUCCAACUCAUUAAAAGUAGACAGUGGUGUGGAGAGUGAAGAGAACUCUGGCUCACAGAGUGAUGAAGAUUCCAAGACUAAUAGAAUAGAAGAGCUAUCUUCUACUGUCAAUGAAACUUCUAAGAUUUCUGUUGAAACCCCUAAUCCUGUGAAGUUAGAGUCAUUCUUGAAAGACUGCCUUGGCUAUACACUACCAUCAUACACCCAUAAUGUAUUAGAUGAUGUUGUUGCAUUUACUUUUCAUGUUAAAAAUACUGAACCAGAUUCUGUAAAAGUGGAACACAUAGACAGCAAAGUCUUAAUCAAGUUCACAUCCGUUGGGUCUGGUUUUGUUCCGGUACAUUAUGCUGCUAUUAUUAAGUUUGAUGAUUGUGUAAACUUUGAUAAUGUGACUGGGGAGGCUUGGGAUAAUAAUGUUAUUUUGCAGUUAGAAAUUGUGGGUGAUGCUCCCCAAAAGUUCCAAAUUGGUUUGAGUGAAGAUUCAAUGAUCAGUGAACAUUUUGAUAUGUCUCAAAUAACUAAGACAUUCAAGGCUGAUGUGCAAGUGUCCUCCCAAGAUUCUAACAUUGAUUCACCAGUAAUAGAAGUAACAAAUUUGGGUUCUGAGACCAACAUAGUGGUUUCAUCAAAUCAAGAUGAGGAACUUGAUGAAGAUGAUGUUGAAUCUCCUACUUCUGUUGAUAAGGAGAUAGUCUGGACAGAUUCUAGCAGCUGCGAAUAUGGAGGCAAGAGUAUUUUACGCAAACCAAUGUCAAUGAACAGGAGUUUCUCAGAGUCCAGUGUAGGUGACAUAGCUUCUUCCAUGGACUACAUAAGUUCUGAUUACAUACCUGAAGAAGGCAGUCUGAAAAAGACUGUUAGAUUUAACGAUGUUAUAGCAAGGCAAUUUUAUAGAUACAACUCAUCAAUAGAAGGUCAGAAAAAGAAAAACCAGCGAAAGAAAAGUAAAAAACGUAGUCAAGACCGACGCCGCAGUGAAAGCGAAGCUGAGGACGACAUUACAACUUCAAAGGUUUCCAAGCCCAGAUUGAAAUCUGUUCUAAAGCAGAGGCGUGACAGCGGCCUCGCCGAUACUUCUGAUGCGGAAACUGAAUGCAAAAGUACACCAGUGUACUCUGAACCUUAUGACAUUGCCAAUGUCACUGAUAAAGACAUCAAUAAUGGAAAUGCACCAUUAAGUUCUAUGUUGAAUAUUAUUGAUAACAAACAUCAGGGUGAAGGGUCUGAGCCAACCAUAUGGAAAUCGGACAAUGAUAAUCCCAGUGAAAAAAAUACUAAAGGUGAUAGUAAAAAAAAUCGUGAAAAAUUCACCUGUGAUAACAUCAAACAUAACACCGAUCUCUACAACCCUGAUAAGUUGAACAAGGGCAAAUACUUAGAAGUUUUGUUCAAGAAUGAUCUCAUAUUUGAUUUGGACAUGUGAGGUUUGCUGUUUACUUUAAAUUAUACUUUUCAAAAUAUAUUUACAGUACUUCAAACUGCAUUAAUAUAGUUAGAAUCCAGUGGACUUUAUGUAUUUCUUAGAAUUAUGUUGUUUGUAUUGUGAAAAUAUAUCAUGUAUUAUUUUUCUUUAUUUGCAAUGUUUGUGGCAAUAGUUUUUCUUUGUCAUGUUUUUGAAACAUAUUUAUAGUGUGUUCAAUUUAACGUCAAUUAAUUGUCAUGAAUAUUUGUAGUGUCUGUGUGUGCAUGGUAUUAUAAAUUCUGUAAAUGCACAUUUUGUGCAAAAAAAAUCUGCUCAUUUUAGACAAUAUUCUUAAUUGAAAUGCAUUUGAAUGGUACAAACUAGAUUUAUGUAAUUACUGGUAAGAGGUAGGUAAAAUUUGAUUGAAAUUAACUAGCCUAAUUUUAAAUAGUAUUGUAGAACCACACACUAUUAGGUAUUUUGCACUAAACAUAUACACACUUUGAAAGUAGAAUAUAUUAUUUUAUUGUAACACUAUUUGUUAAGGGCUGAUUUUUCAAUCGUCGGAUAACUUUUAACUGAAGAAUAAGUUUGGCACGUUGACAGUUUCAAUAUAGAAAAUAUGUCAAAGUGACAAGUUUAUUCUUCAGUUAAAAGUUGUCUGACGAUUGAAAAAUCGGCCCUUAAUCUUUAAUUUUGUACACACUGAAUGUAAAUUUUUACACUAAAUUAUGGACUCAUGGGUGUGAGCGGUGUUUACAUUUUCUUGAAUCUGCUAGUCAAACUUAAAUACUGAUGUCUUUAAAUUAUAAAUAAAUUGGAUGCAAUAUGUAUUAUCAAUAGAAUUUACGCAAUAAUAUUGUGUCUAAAUUAAUGGAGUUUCGUAGAAAGCCAUCAAAUUUACAAUUAUGUAACAGUAUGUACACUUUUAUAUGAUGAUUAAUAAUUUAUCAAUGCAACAUUUGCCAUGCAACACUUUUAGUGCCUUUUACAAAUGAAAUUAUGAAUGCAAAAUCCCAGUGAAAUGUUUAUGGGAAACAGAAGCUGUUGUCAUAAACAAUACAAUUGUUUCAGUGAUUUUUAUGUAAUGUAGAGGAAGAAUGCUAGAAUUUAUGUUCGAGUAAAGUUUGAAACUUUGUUUAUUAUUAAAGAUUGUGAUUUGUGACGUUAGUUUUAAUAUAAGAAUUCAUGAAGUA